AUGAACUCGUUUGUGAUCAACAUCUUUGAGCGCAUCGCCGGUGAGGCCUCCCGUCUGGCUCACUACAACAAGCGCUCCACCAUCACUUCCAGGGAGAUCCAGACCGCCGUCCGCCUGCUGCUGCCCGGUGAGCUGGCCAAGCACGCUGUGUCUGAGGGCACCAAGGCCGUCACCAAGUACACUACCUCCAAGACUCAAAAGAUCAACACCCCAGUGCCAGACACUAUAGGACGACCCCACAGGUCCCGUGUCGGUGCCUUAACAGGCCAUGGGCAUCAUCAUCACUCGUUUGUGAGCGACAUCUUUGAGCGCAUCGCCGGUGAGGCCUCCCGUCUGGCUCACUACAACAAGCGCUCCACCAUCACUUCCAGGGAGAUCCAGACCGCCGUCCGCCUGCUGCUGCCCGGUGAGCUGGCCAAGCACGCUGUGUCUGAGGGCACCAAGGCCGUCACCAAGUACACCAGCUCCAAGUAA